CCUACAUCUACAGCUAUCAAGAUCACGACGAUACUCGGGUACUCGAGUACCGCUGCACCUGCAGGUGGAAGAGUUCCUGCAUGCGCAUGCGAAUCGAUGUCAUUGAACAUCGUGAUUGCUUUUCUCCAAUUCCCAUUCCCAGGGGGGGCGCAUUAAGUGUCGAAUCAAGUGAGGCCAUCAGGUGCCGGUACAACAACACAAUUUCGGUCAUGACGUUCAUCCACACCCUCAACCCACUUGGAUCCCCACCACCUGCACGCUGCAUCCGCAUCUGGGGGGCUUGAUCGAGGCGACCAGGCUUCAUCCAGCUGCCUAUCUGCCUAUCUUGUGUCAAAAUGAGGAUGGCCGAGUCCAACGUGGUUGAGCGAAUGGCCUCUGGCCUGGGAAUAUCUUCAUGCACCGUUACCGUGCAAGUGCACACCGAAUUCGCCCCAGAGGCUCCAGGCCAAGGCUCAGACUUGCCCCUGUGAUGUUUGUUUUUUGGAAGGAGUUGGGAGUCGACUCGAAACUCCUUAGAAACACUGCCUCCGUCCUUUCUCUCUUUCUGUGCUCCAACUCCAACCUGUUUCCUACUGUUUGCUCAUGCCAUUCACGUUACGUUACUCUUACCGAGCCAGGUUGGUGCCAACAUCCAGCAACUGCACCCAACUAACCACCUGAACAAAGGAAGGAUCGAUCCUCCCGUUCACUUAUACUGCUCUCUCCCUUCCCUCAUAAUGGCCAAAUACAUCUCUCACGCAAAGUACGCUGUCACCGAUAUCAAAACCAUGUAUCAAGCAACCGAACUCGAGAAUCGCUCUCGCCAACAGCGAAAUUUCCAUGCCACCGAAUCCUCUCUACUAAACGUUCGCAAGAUUGCUUCCGACAAUCGCCCCUCUCUCGUCGACAAUGUCCUCUCCUAUUGGGGCUCAUGGAAUCCAUUCCCCAAACAGAUAACCUCGGAAGACACAGUGUGGCUACUCGACAAUACAGCCUACCGUAAUAAACAGACUGGGCAAUGGGAGGCAGAGUUUGUGGCAGCUGUGUUUGAUAAGAAUAGCGGGGUAGAAGUCAGUACAGUUGUGGCAGAUAUUGCAGAGAAAUUGGGGAUUGCCAAGGGUGACAAGCAAGAAGCUAGGAUCCAAGAAAGGCUUAUGCCCUUCGUCCAGGAUGUCUUGCCUGGGAGAGUUGUAAGAGUCCAUUAUGGUGGAAAGGUGGACUUGAAACUUGGUCCUGGCGGAAGAAAUGGUAUUUGUAGUGAAAUCAAGACAAUCCCAGACGGUCGUGGAGGGAAUGUUGUACAUGUAACUGCGCUCGUUCCAAAGGGCACAAAUGGAAUUCUGGGAUCGCGUACGGUAUAUGCUGAACCCGAGGGCUGGGGUGUUAUAUCAGGUAGGACAAUUACAACCCAACCUGCUGUUGGAGCUGGCUACGUACAGUAUACUAACAUCAACUAGAUAUUGAUGACACCAUAAAAAUCACACAAACCAGCGACCCCAUCGGCAUCCUCCGUACAACCUUCGUUUCAGACCCAACUCCCAUUGCUGGAAUGCCCGAACUCUACCAGUACCUACAAACGCUUGUCUCCACACGAUCCCCAUGGUUCUAUCUCUCCGCCUCUCCAUACAAUCUGUAUUCCUUCCUAUCGGCUUUCCGCCAAAGAUUCUUUCCUCAAGGAACCAUGAUCCUCCGUGAUUCAAGCUGGAUGAACCUCGCUGGUCUCCUGUCGAAUCUGACUUUGGGAACACAAGCUUAUAAAGUGGAUCGGAUCUCCAAGAUCAACUCUUGGUUCCCAAAGAGGAAAAUGAUUUGUAUUGGAGAUAGUACUCAAAGUGAUCCUGAGGCUUAUGGUGAAAUGUAAGUAAAAUAUGGCCUGCUUUUCCUUAUAUUCCUUGUUAUCUACCAUAUCUUCAAGCCCGCAAGCUUACAUCACCCAGAUUCCGAAAGCAUCCAAAUUGGGUCCACCUCAUCCUCAUCCGCAAAGUCACAGAUAUCGCGGCUCUAGGAAUGGAAGAAAAGAAUGAUCCGAAACGAUUUGAAAAGGCCUUUGAAUGUGUCCCAAAGAAUUACUGGUUUGUGUUUGAAGAUCCUUCGGAAUGUUACUCUAUUUUGGGUCAGACCAUCACUCAAUAAUUCCCGGUCGAAGGUUUGUGGUUUCCAUUUUUCUUUCCUUUUGAUGUUUCUUUUCAUAAUGGGAUUUUGGCGUUGUGCGUAGGCAAUGGUUAAGAUACACAACUGGCAAAUCAGGGUCGGAUAGCGUGGGUUUCAGGCGUUGGUGUUGAUUUUCCUUUGGUGGUCUCAUUUGGGGCAGGGUUACGGGAUUAGGUAGUGUAGAG